AUGCCAUGGGUCUGGCGAGUCAAUCUCAAUGACACGCCACCGACUACGGAGAAGGUCUAUCCCUCGCCACAGCUCACAGUUCCCAAUGGCGCUUACUAUCACAACGGGAGUGUCUACUGGGCACAAGAGGGCAACUACACGAACCCCGGCGGCAUCGUUCGAAUGAAUCCUGUCACAUUGGAAACAGAGAUUGUUCUCGACAACUUCUUUGGGCAUCGAUUCAACAGCCCCAAUGACGUGGUUACCACACGAGACGGGGUUGCUUACUUCACCGAUGGGUACUACGGCUAUGAUAACUUCAACGACACUUUGAAGCCGGAGCUAGCUAACGGGGUCUGGAGGUGGGAUAUGGGGACUAGCGACCUAAGGAUGGUUGCCGGCGCUGGUGGUGGUCAUUUUACCAACCCAAAUGGUGUUGCUCUGAAUCUUGAGGAGGACAAGCUCUACGUCACAAACCGCGGCAAUGCUUCAGACAAUCCAGCUGGUGGUCGUACAAUCUAUGAAUACCAGAUUCAUUCAACGGGACUCCCAUUGCGCGGCGGCGAUGUCUUUGCGUAUGCCGAUUCGGGGUUUCCGGACGGCAUCAAAGUGGACCGUGAUGGCCGGGUAUACGGAGGAGUUACGGGCGGAGUUAGUGUUUUCGACUCCAGCGGCAAGCAGCUUGGUAUCAUCAGGGUCGCGGAGGGCGAUGUUGCCGUGAACAUGCAGUGGGUAGAGGACUGGCUGUACAUCGCGGGGAGAGACCAUCUUUAUCGCGUUCAAUUGAACACCUCCGGAGUACAGUCUUACUAA